AUGACGCUUCUCGUUUUGGUGAUAGUGGUCAACGUGUGCCUGGGCCGUCCCCGAAACAAGUUUCCGGGAUAUUAUCCAUAUCCAUUCUUCCAUAAAAGAGUUGAUUCCUGUGUGGGACAAUUUUUCUGUAAAUACACUCCAUCCAGCAGCGGUAGUUUCUGGACGAGCUCACCUGGCCAAGCCGAGUGUGUGAACAAAAUGAAAAUAUGUGAUGGCAUGAUGGACUGCAGUAACGGAGCCGACGAAAAGCACUGUCCUCCCCAGUGCGCCAAGAUGGGAAUGAUGAAUUGCCGGGACAGGAAACAUUGCGGCCGGCUGUGUGAUGGAAGUCCGGACUGUGGCGGCAUGGACGACGAAAAACACUGUCCUGCCGGCUGCUUCUGUCCUGAAAAUCACUACUUGUGCAAGGACAAGAAGACCUGCAUAUCGAAGAAGCAACUCUGUGACGGCAACAACGACUGUCCGGCUUGCGACGACGAGGAAGAUUGCCCGGCUGAAUGCAAGUGUGGAGAGCGUAACUACUUGUGUAUGGGGAAGGCGAAAUGCAUCAACAUCAAACAGAUCUGUGACGGCGAUGAAGACUGUCCGAUGGAUGAAGAUGAGGACUGUCGAAGUAAACAGCAACAAGUGAAAAUGGAAAGUAAAGAUUCAAAACUAAUAAAGAAAACGGGCAGGAAAACCCCUAAGUACUGUUGUAUUUGUAAAGGAAUUUACAGAGGAAAGGUUAUUGAUGGGAGAAAAGUGUCAUUGCACCGUUUUCCUCAGAACAAACGUUUAAAACGUGUGUGGGUGCAGCGAUGUAAAACGGUCAUGAGAUCGUUCCAGUGGAAUGAACACAGACGAUUGUGUAGUGAGCAUUUUGUUGGCUUCAGAGGACCUUCAUUCCAGCAUACACUUCCAUCUAUGUUUCCAACUGAGACUGGUGCUACCAAAACCUUCCAGCCAACGCUCCUUGAUGAAGACGUAGGUGAUGAUGAUGAUGGUGAUACGGUCAAUGACGAUUUAGACCUAGAACUGUCAAAUGAUGAUAGUAUACAGCCACAACUGUCAUUUGUAUCCCCUUCCGGGCAUGCCAUUGAUACCUCUGUCCACCUGCAUGAUUACUGCAUGGGACCAGUACUACAGCCACAGAAUCAGUCCUUUAGAUGUUGUGACACACAGACUGAGAACAACUGUGCAGUGAUGGAAGUACAAACUGAAGAAAGUUUCCUGGGAAAAACAGCAGACUUCAGUUCACAAACAGAACAUUCUACUAGAGACUUUGGUGUACAAUGUCAGCUACCUAUGCUCACAUAUGAUGACGUAAAAUACAAUGACGAUUUGGUCAGUUUUUACACCGGAAUCCCUAAUCGAGUUGUGUUUGAAGCUUUGUUUGAUGAAAUCAAGGAUGAAGCUGAAGUGCGGACAUCAAGGCGGAAACUUAACUAUAAAGAUUCAGAUGGAGGACAGCCAAGAACUCUAAGUGUUCUGGAUGAAUUUUUCAUGGUGCUGAUGCGCCUACGUCUAGGUCUGUUAUUUGAAGAUCUAGGUACUAGGUUUUGCAUAUCCACUUCACAAUGUAGUGACAUUGUUGAAAGAUGGAUCAACUAUUUACAUGUACAAUUAUCCUUUCUUGUUCAAUGGCCAUCUCGUGAGGUAGUGAAAAAUAACAUGCCUGAACAAUUUAAAGAGAAAUAUUCUAACACUAGAAUUAUUAUCGACUGCACUGAAAUUUACAGUGAAACAUCCAGUUCUCUUUCUUUGAAAAGUUUAAUGUACAGUGAUUACAAGUCUCACAUGACUCAUAAGAUUUUGGUGGGUAUAAGCCCAAAUGGUGUUGUAACUUUUGUUUCUGACUGUUGGGUGGGCUGUACCAGUGACAAGAAACUCACAGAAAAAUGUGGACUCUUGGACUUGCUUGAAGAAGGAGACGCCAUAAUGGUUGAUAAGGGUUUCACUAUUACAGACCUUACUACUCCAAGAGGCAUUCAUCUCAUUAUUCCACCAUUUAAACAGAAAGGAAAACAAUUCUCUAAACGUGAGGUUCUCCUUACAAAAGAUAUUGCAAGUUUACGAAUACAUGUUGAAAGGCAAAUGGAGAGAAUCAAGAACUUUCGAAUAUUGCAUGGCAAUAUUCCUAUAACACAGUCAAGGAGAAUUUCUAAAGUGUUCAAAAUAUGCACAUAUUUGACAAAUCUAUGGCCACCACUUGUUCAAUAA